AUGGCAUUUGAUCAAAAUUCCGCUCCCGCAGAUCUGAGAGUAUUGAAUGUGGCUCCUAUAAUGGUCGAGGAGCCUCUCAUUUCUCCGGCCAGCGUCACCACGCCUCCCACUCCUGAUUCGGUUACCGAUUAUUUCUACCCGACGCCCGCCUCAUCCGCUGGCGCCACGUCAGCAACUUGGUGCGUUCGCCCCAUUGUGAGUCCUCCUUCUAUCUACGGGAACCGUGUUGUUGCUGGGAAUGCUUUGAAUUUGGGAAAUUGGGUAGGGGCUAGUAAUAGUAAUAAUAAUACUAGUGGUUUGCAUAAUGUUUGUAAUAAUAAUGAUGGUGUAGCUAUGAGUGUGAGUGGUUUUUCUUAUGGUGCUCAUGGUGGAACUGGAACUACUAGAGUGGUUGAUGAUACCGGGGAUGAUUCGAAUUCUGGGAGGAAAGUUAAGUUUCUGUGUAGUUUUAGUGGCAAGAUAUUGCCUAGGCCUAGUGACGGAGUGUUGAGAUAUGUUGGAGGGCAGACGAGGAUAAUUAGUGUUAAGAAAGAUGUGAGUUAUGAUGAUUUAGUGCUAAAGAUGGUGGAUACUUAUGGGCAACCUGUGGUUAUUAAGUAUCAGUUACCCGAGGAGGAUCUCGAUGCGUUAGUUUCAGUUGCUUGUCCUGAUGAUGUUGAGAAUAUGAUGGAGGAGUAUGGGAAAUUGGUUGAGAGAUCUCCGGAUGGUUCGGCUAAAUUGAGGGUUUUUUUGUUUCCUUUAUCAGAUGUUGAUCUUUCUGGUGCAGCACAGUCCGGGGAUUUGCAGGAUACGGGACAAAAAUAUUUUGAUGCGGUGAAUGGUGUUAUAGAUGGGUAUGGGGUUUGUUGUGGUUUCAAGAAGAAGGAGAGUGUUACAAGUGCAGCUUCAACGCAGAAUUCUGAUUUGAGUGGGAUAGAGACUAUUGAUAGCUCAGUUGCUGGUCAAGGAGAUUCGGCGUCCUGUGUGUUAUCGCCUAGAGAGUAUGUGGCUGCUUCUCCUGAUACUAGUGUGAAUAUGGCGGCUUCUGAGUCCAGCACACCAGUUUACUCAGGUGCUUCUUCUGGUGUUUCAUUUGGCAUGCCUGCGGCUAAGACUGGUCCAACAUACACUUCAUAUGCUCAGAAUGAGGUUGAGUUAGAAAAGUCAGCGCCGGUUACUUUCUCUCAACAACCAUUUGAACUGCACCAAUCUGGAAUAGAAAUUCCACCACCUUCACCUUAUUCAAACCAUGCAGAGUAUGUCCACUUGCCUCCUCAGACGGGGUUUCCAAAUCCUCAACUAUUAGGAAAGACUGGGCCUGUUUUUGCCCAACAGUUUCAUAAUAAUAAUACGCCUGGUUUAGCUUUUCGUCAGGUCAUUUCCGGAGCACAGAUGACAAUGACUCAACCUUCUUCUCGCGUCGGUAUUAGACCAAAUGUCAUCCAACCACAACCACUGAUACAACCACAACAUAAUCAUUUGAACCAAUACAGUGAUGAAAAUACAUCAGGAAUAAGGAUUGUCCAGCUUCCUGCAGAACAUAGCUACAACACAUAUCAGGUUCCAGUUAAUCAAGUUCCAGUGAAUCAAGUUCUAUCUGUCAUUGUUGGGGGUAAUCGCGGUUGGGUUCAGGUUCCUCAACAAGAGCAUGUUGUUUUCUCUGAUGGGUCAUUACCUCAACAAAAAGUAAUUAUCCCAGAGAAAAUCCAAAGAAUUGAGGAAUGUUCUAUGUGUCAGAAAAAGUUGCCUCAUGCCCAUUCAGAUCCAGUGGUUCCGGAUCAGCAUGAUGGCGGUUCAGGCCCAGUUCCUGAUUCAAGCCCAAGUUAUAAUAGUUUUCCAAUGGAGGACAAAGUAAAAGCUUACCCAACAAAGAGGGUUGAGCCUAUGGUGGCAUCACCCUUGAAGGAAGGUGUUGUUGAACAAGGGUUUAGCACAAGACCAAGCGUCGUUAGCAAGUUGGAAGUUCAUAAUGGAGAAACGAUUGGUAGGACAGAUGUAAAACAUUCUUCUAGGGAUGGUCAUGGGACCAUGGGAACGACACCACCUUCUUAUCCAGAUGAUGUUGUCCACCAGCGUAUGGCGCCGGUUGAAACCCGGGUUAAACAAGAUGAGCAAGCGAAUAAACAUGUUAGUAAUGAUAUACCUAUAGUUGAUGGAAUGACUUUACAUACUCCGGAGUGUGUUGCACAAGAAUCUUCCAAAGAAUACACAAAUGAGCUUACUGGUGUCGUUUCUAAAUCAGAUGCAGUAAAUAAUUGGAUUAGACAAGGCUAUGUAAGGCCUGUUGAUGGAAGGAAUGACAUUCUCAAGAUAAACAAUGCUGAUGGUUAUGUAAGUAAUGAUCAAUGUUUACUUCCAGUUGAUAAAUCUUUAGAUUACAAAAGUCAGAUUGCUACAGAGGAAGAGAUGAUUCUGGACAACAACUUUGUCACACCAAAAUUGAUAGUUGACGCAGAUAAAACUAAGAUGAUAGGUGUGCAGCCAUGUUCUUCUAAGGAAGUUUUAUACAGGCAGAAUUCCAGGACAGGGGAAGACAAUGAUGUUGCACAACCACCUGUCUUGGGCGCUAUUCAGUCAAAUAUUGUAAACCAUCACAAGAAUGAUUCGACAUCAUCUACAUCAUCACCAUCUUUCAUGUUUGGUGAUAUACAGGAAUCUCCAAACUCAGUUUUCGGCAAUCAGGAUCCUUGGAGUAUACCACACGGAACCUACAAGAAAUCUAAUUUGGAUGCACAAUUGGAUGGUGACCUAUGCGAGUCAUUCAAACAGAAUUUAACUUUUGAAAAUGGUUGGUGUGACAAAGCUUCAACCGAAGACCAACAACUUAAAGUUGUUGCUGAAGAUGUAGCAGCUUCUGUUCUGCACCCAUGUGCUCCUUCAAAUCCUAUCUUGCAAGCCGGAGAUGUUUCCUGUCACAAAAACAUUGGGGACGGUGAUGCUCAAAAUAAUGCAAUAGAUGCAAUGUGUAGAGAUAUAACUCAGGAUGUCAAGAGUAACCCUCCAGAGAAGGGAAAUUUUGGCUUUCCAACAUCGGAUGUUGGACGUUUGCAGAUUAUAAAGAACUGCGUCCUUGAAGAGCUGACAGAGUUGGGUUCUGGUACCUUUGGGACUGUUUAUCAUGGAAAAUGGAGGGGAACCGAUGUUGCAAUCAAGAGAAUAACUGAUAGAUGUUUUGCUGGAAAGCCCUCAGAGCAAGAGCGCAUGAGAGAUGACUUCUGGAAUGAGGCAAUCAAGCUUGCUGACUUGCACCAUCCAAAUGUAGUUGCUUUCUAUGGUGUGGUGCUUGAUGGACCAGGAGAUUCUGUGGCAACAGUAACUGAGUAUAUGGCUAAUGGUUCUCUCAGAACUGCCUUGCAAAAGAAUGAGAGGAAUCUAGACAAGCGCAGACGUCUUUUGAUUGCAAUGGAUGUGGCCUUUGGAAUGGAAUACCUGCAUGGAAAAAACAUAGUACACUUUGACUUGAAAAGUGACAACUUGCUAGUGAAUCUCCGAGAUCCACAACGCCCAAUAUGCAAGGUUGGUGACUUGGGUCUAUCCAAAGUAAAAUGUCAGACUUUGAUCUCUGGAGGUGUGAGAGGAACUCUACCAUGGAUGGCUCCAGAACUGCUGAAUGGAAGCAGUAGCCUUGUUUCAGAGAAGGUCGAUGUGUUCUCAUUCGGUAUUGUGAUGUGGGAACUCUUAACCGGGGAAGAGCCAUACGCAGAUUUGCACUAUGGUGCUAUUAUAGGUGGUAUUGUGAGCAACACUUUGCGCCCUCCAAUUCCCAAAUCUUGUGACCUGGAAUGGAGUGUGUUGAUGGAGAGAUGUUGGUCCUCAGAGCCAUCAGAGAGACCCACCUUCACUGACAUUGCUGAUGAAUUACGUUCUAUGGCAAGCAAACGCCAGAAUCAACAGCUACAACCCUCUCCUUUGUCUACACAAGUCAACAAAUGA